AUUUUCGUGAACAUAAAAUGCUGUUCAACGUCCAUUUUUUCUCAUCAAACGUCUUUACAUUUUUUUUUUCUUACCUUUCUUUAAUUAAUAAUUUUCCAUCACAAUUAUUUUUUUUUCUGGUAUUCGUCUUCCUCUUUUAUCUCCCCUCUUUCUCUCUCUAUUUUCAGCUCAGAGGGGAAGAUAUAUCAGUUUAUUUCUUCCACUCUUUUUCAUUAAUUUUACCAAAAAAGAAAAAAAAGGAAGCCUGAAUUCCUUCUCUGAACAGCUCUAAGGAAAACCUAGCCUUCUCGAGGCGCCAAGAUGGUCGCGGGGGGUUUCACUGUGGAUUUAAACAAGCCACUUGUUUUUCAGGUUAGAUCAUUAUGAUUAUUUUCUCCACAUAUAUUAUGUUAUAAUCUGUGACAUUUCUUUUAAGUGGUAACUAGAGUUUAAAUCUUGUCGGACCAAUAUAAUGAAGGACCAAAACCAAAAAAGAAACCCUUAUUUUUCGUUUUCAACAAAAAUGGUUGAAGUUUAAACAUGUUUAUGUAAAACUACAAUGAAAUUUUCAGGUCGGCCAUCUUGGAGAAGCAUAUGACGAAUGGGUACACCAACCUAUAAUUACCAAAGAAAGCCCUAGGUUUUUCAGAAAUGGUUUUAUUGAGUUAUUAACCAAAAAUACAUGGUGGAUGAUUCCGAUGAUAUGGUUGCCGGUGGUGUGUUGGUUCGUGACAUCGUCGGUAAAUAUGGGAUUGGAAUCGCCGGCUCUAUUGGCGGCGACCGUGGUGGCCGGAAUUGGCUUCUGGACAUUUUUGGAGUAUUCCAUUCAUCGCUUCAUUUUCCACAUCAAAACUACUACUUAUUGGGGAAACACAUUCCAUUACCUAAUUCAUGGAUGCCAUCACAAGCACCCAAUGGAUGCUUAUCGCCUUGUAUUCCCACCCGCUGCCUGUGCCAUCUUACUUGUUCCGAUAUGGAAUUUAAUCAAGUUGGCAGUUCCUCCGAUUUAUGCCCCUGCUUUUUUUGGGGGUGGAUUGUUGGGAUAUGUCAUGUAUGAUUGCACACAUUACUACAUCCACCAUGGCAAGCCAUUGAAAGGAGUUUCUAACAAAUUGAAGAGAUAUCACAUGAACCACCACUACAAAGUUCAGGAUAAGGGAUUUGGAAUAACCUCAACAUUUUGGGACAUAGUAUUUGGAACACUUCCUCCUAAAUCAAAAUCAGAAGAAAAAAUUAGGUGAUAGAAAUGAUGCUGAGAUAUGAUCAAAGUAUAUUUAUUAAAUUACAUCACAUUUUAUCUUGUAAGGACUAGCAUAAAUUGAUUUGUUUAUAUGCUUUUUUUUCCUUUAUUUUUUUCACUUAUUUUUUUGUUUUUAAAAAUUGUAGAUUUUUAUAAUUCCUAAUACUAGGAUUUUUGUAGCAUACAUUGCUUACUUUUUCACUCUCUUGUUUUGACAAUUAAUUCCUUAAUUGUAACAGAAGCGCCUAAUUGAGUAUUGCUGCAAAUAAUAUGACAAAAAUUACUGUGAA